AUGAAGCAAUCAAGAAAAGCUGCCAAAGUCGCCUAUCAAGGAUUGAAGGAGUUGGUUAAGUUUGGAAAGUUUGUUGAAGUUGAAGACACUCCUGCUUCUAGCAUCGUUAAUGUUCAGGUUACCGAGGAACACGUGGCACCUAAAUCAAAAUUUCAAUUUGCAUUUGAAGAGAUUGAAGUAUCUGAUGAUGAUGAAGAAGAGGUUCAAGAAAAGGAUAUGAUUGAGAAUGAGCUUGAAGAUUUUCUACAAAGUGUCUCAAUCCUUGAAGAGGUUGUGGCUGUCACACCUUCUGUUCGAACUGCGAGGAAGCCUCCCCAAACAGUUCCUGUUACAACUGAACUUCCAUCUGAGAGUGAUCAAGAUGAUUCUACUCACGUUCUACUCCUGAGGAAAAGAAAAAGAAGAGAUCCAAGACCUAGAGUACUUAUCACAGACCCUGUUCAAAUUGUAUCUACUCCGAUUGAACCUAGUUUUCUGGCCCAAACUAUUGAAGGCACAUUCACUGAGUCUUCUCCAGUGAUGCAAGAGAUUUCAAGCCCGUUACCUGAAUCCUCUCCUAUGGAUCAGGAUUUGUAA